UUCUCUUGAUGUUCAACUCCUGUUGUGACCCAACACCCUAGAGGCGGAGCAAAUAAGCUGAGACGUCAGGGAAAAAAAAACCCGAAAAAAAAGCCCAUCCUAGCCAUGCAAGCUGUCCUUAAGCUCAGCUGCUCCCAGCCCACAUCCAUGACUCGUGUGACAGCAUCGGAACACAGAAGCCGCGUUGAAAUGCAGUUAGCAGUACAGCUGGGAGACAGGCGAGGAAGCGAUGGCUCGGUGACGAAAAUGAGCUUCCCGUGAGCUUGCUGGCCGACUGCGGUGCUUGCGAGCGGGCCUGGGGCUUCCCGUUGCAGCAGUGCCAGGCUCGGUGCAACUCAGUUUCUCUCGGUGACUGCGGUGUUCCCCCCUCCCCCCUUUUUUCCUCCCUCUUCCCGUGUCCUCUUCUCUAGGAUGGCGGAGGCAGAAUUGCACAAGGAAAGGCUGCAAGCCAUAGCUGAAAAAAGGAAAAGACAGACUGAAAUAGAAGGCAAGAGGCAGCAGCUUGAGGAACAGAUCCUUCAGCUGCAGCAUUCCAAGUCCAAAGCACUUCGAGAAAAAUGGCUGCUACAAGGAAUGCCAGCUGGUACUGCUGAAGAGGAAGAAGCUAGGAAGCGACAAUCUGAGGAAGAUGAGUUCAGAGUUAAAAAACUUGAAGAUAAUAUUCACAGGCUGGAGCAGGAAAUACAGACACUAGAAAGUGAAGAGUCCCAGAUAUCUGCCAAAGAGCAAAUCAUCCUAGAGAAACUAAAGGAAACAGAGAAAUCUUUCAAGGACUUUCAGAAGAGCUUUUCCAAUGCAGAUGGAGAUGCAGUAAAUUACAUUUACACCCAGCCCCCUGACUUGCCAAUCCUCUAUUCACGAACAACAGAAUCAUCUCCUGAGCGAGCCGAGACGAGCAGGGUAGCUGCUGUAUACGCCAUGGAAAUUAAUGUGGAGAAAGACAAACAAACAGGAGAGACCAAGAUUCUCUCUACAUCUACCAUUGGCCCAGAGGGGGUCCAUCAGAGAGGAGCCAAAGUCUAUGAUGAUGGUACCAAAGUAGUCUAUGAGGUGCACUCGGGAGGUACCGUGGUAGAGAAUGGAGUUCAUAAAUUAAGCUCCAAGGACGUAGAUGAACUUAUUCAGAAAGCUGGACAAUCAAGCAUUAGAGGAGGCCAUGAGGCAAAGGCUUUGUCGGAAAGGACUGUGAUAGCAGAUGGGAGACUCAGCCAAACCAAGGAGCAGAUGCUUUGCAAGGAGGCAAAGUUAGAAAUGGUCCACAAAUCGAGGAAAGACUAUUCUGCCGAGAGCAUAGAACAACAGGCUAAGGUCCCUAGAGCUGAAGUCCCAGACGUGAGCAUGGACCAGCCAGUGACCAUGAUUUUCAUGGGCUACCAGAACAUAGAGGGCGAAGAGGAGGCUAAAAAGGUGCUAGGCUAUGACGAUACCAUCAAAGCCGAAUUGGUCCUCAUCGACGAAGACGACGAGAAGUCACUUCGAGAGAAGACGGUGACAGAUGUGUCCACUAUUGACGGAAAUGCUGCUGAGCUUGUCUCGGGGAAGCCGAUCUCAGACACCACGGAGCCCUCCUCCCCUGAAGUGAAGGAAGAAAGCCUGGCCACAGAACCAGUUCCAGGAUCUCAGUGGGACAGUGUGCUGCCAUGUGAUCAGACAACCUUCAAUCCGUUAGAAACUUUUGAUCCAGAAAUGACUGUACAGAAACCUCACAAGCUCCUUGAGGAUGACAUCAGAUUGACCAAAGGUGGAGAUCACUAUCGUGCCAAUCUGCUGGAACCUCCCGCCAGCAUUCUUCCCCUCAGCAACAAGAACAUGGAAAUUGAAAUCCCCGUUGCAGAGUGUAAAAGUGUUUCUGUGGACAGUCCCUCUCCUUUUUAUGCCCCCCAUAAUGGCCUCAUCUCAGAUCACCAUGUCUCCCUGGAUAAUGAGGUGGCCAGAGAGAUCCAGUAUCUAGACGAAGUGUUAGAGGCCAAUGGUUGUGACUCUCCUGCUGAUGUGACUUACAACGGGACAUCUUCACCAGAGCCAGGCGUGACCAUCACCGUAGGCAGCCCGAGUCCAUCUGUCCACACAACAAACCACAUAGAACCCACUGAGAGGGAAGCAGUUCUUGUUGUUGGCAGGCAGCCCCCUCCUCUCAUCGAGCUGAGCCAAGGUGAAAUCAUGGCAGAGACCUUCAGGUCAAAUGGUCACUCUCCAGAUGGGCAGGGGGAGAUGCUUGGGGAUGGCCUUCAAGCCCCUGGGAGCCCCAGUUCUUCAACCAGUUCCAAGGGGUCUUUCCGAGAUGGGGAGCCCACUCUCACCACUCUGAAGAAAGAAGCGAGAUUUGAACUGCGUGCCUUCCACGAGGAUAAGAAGCCAUCCAGACUUUUUGAGGAUGACAGCAGCGAGAAGGAAACUUACAGGGUCCGAAAAGUAAGGCCGUCAGAGGAGAUACUGGAGCUAGAAAAAGAGAGGCGAGAGCUCAUCCGGAGUCAGGCAGUGAAAAAAAAUCCUGCCAUUGCAGCCAAAUGGUGGAACCCACCUCAGGAGAAGACCCUCGAGGAGCAGCUGGAUGAUGAGCCACUGGAGUCACAUAAAAAAUACAAGGAACGCAAAGAGAGGAGGCAGCAGCAGCAGCAGCAGCAGCCACCACCACCACAGUCUUCUACAAUUCCAACCUCCCCUAAACAGACAGUGUGCCCUUUGGAACGUCCAGACCCAUCCAGCGGUCUGAAGCAGGACAUUGUCACAGAGCAAAUAGACUUCUCUGCUGCAAGGAAGCAAUUUCAGUUGAUGGAGAAUUCCAGGCAGACUGGAACCCGGGGCCAGGGAGCCCCCAGACUGUUUUCCAUCAAACCCUUUUAUAGACCCUUGGGUUCCAGCUACUCGGAUAAGCCGUCCACCGUCACAAGACCAGUUUCGUGUGUGGGGCAGAUGGAAGAUGAUAGGAUAUCUGCGGGCAAGGGGCAGAAGAGCCCCUGUGUGCCAGAGAACCAGCUUUUAGGAGGUCAGAACAGUAGAGUUAGCCCAGAAAAGGAAUCUCCCUGUAUUGAUGCUUCAAAACACGUGCCGUCGGCCAAGCUGUGGGCAGAGGAAGGCGAGUUUACAAGUGCCCGGGCUGUCUUCACAGUGGUAAAGGACGAGGACCCUGGCAUCUUAGAUCCAUUUACGAGGUCUGUCUAUGUUUCUUCACCCCCAGAGGAGCUGGACUCCGGUUUGGAGGAGCUGUCAGUAAGGUCUCAGGGCACCACGGUGCUGGAAACCUUGUCCAAUGACUUCAGCAUGGACAACCUCAGUGACAGUGGUGCAUCCAAUGAGACAAUGAAUGCCCUCCAGGAAAACUCCUUGACAGAUUUUUCUCUGCCCCAGACCCCUCAGACUGAUAUGCCCUCUGAGGGACGAGCCGAAGGAGUGUCCAAGUCAUUCAGCGACCACGGUUUCUACUCCCCGUCCUCUAUGCUCGGAGAUUCCUUGCUUGCAGAUGAUCCACUGGAAUAUCAUGCUGGCCUUUUGGUGCAGAAUGCCAUCCAACAAGCCAUAGCUGAGCAGGCUGACAGAGCUGUUUCCAAGGCAAACAAGGACCCGGCUGAACAAGAGAUGUGCCCAGGGGAAGCCCAGGAUGAAGUCGAGGCAGUGGCUCCCAGUUCAGAUAAGCCUCAGAGCACAUUUAAGCCACCUCAGGUGUCUUCUCCUGUUCAAGAAAAGAGAGAUGUGUUACCAAAGACGACGCCGGCCGAAGACAGAGAACUCAGGGAAGAGAGGGCUCCCCAGCAGCUCCCCAUCAUUUCUCCUGUGCAUUCAGUUCCCAUCGAGGAGAGCAGGCCAGAAGGGAGUUACUUUAGCAAGUACUCAGAGGCGGCCGAGCUGAGGAGUACAGCCUCCCUCUUGGCCACUCAGGAGUCAGAGGUGACGGUGGGACCCUUUAAACUAAGGUCAAGGAAGCAGAGAACUUUGUCCAUGAUAGAAGAAGAGAUCCGAGCCGCGCAGCAGAGAGAGGAGGAGCUGAAGAGGCAGAGGCAGGUCUUGCAGACGACACAGAGCCCCAGGGUGAAGAACGCCCCUGCCCUGCCAUCCAGAACAGUGUGCUACAAAACAGCACCCGGGAAAAUAGAGAAAGUCAAACCUCCUCCAUCCCCUACAACAGAAGGCCCCAGCUCGCAGUCUGAUUUACUCCCCGAAGAGGCUGCCGGAUCCCAGCGGCCCAAGAAUCUGAUGCAGACCCUCAUGGAAGAUUACGAAACACACAAAUCUAAAAGGCGUGAGAAAAUGGAUGAGAGCAGUGUCCUUGAGGCAACCCGGGUGAAUCGCCGGAAGAGUGCACUGGCCUUGCGUUGGGAAGCAGGAAUAUAUGCCAACCGGGAGGAGGAGGAGGAUGAAUAAAUAUUUCUCAACCAAGUUCGUUUGGUGCAUGGAACAACAAGAAACCAAAAAAAAUGAAGAAAAAGGAGAAAAGAAAGUAACCUUUUUAAUGAAAUAUUUAUUGAGUAUAUCUUUGGGAGGAAACUUAAAAUGGACUCAUCCACCGAACUCUCGGCAUACCCCAAGGGGAAAAGAGAGCAAGAGAGGAUUCCUGUGACUUAUUGGGUCUGUCCAAAAGGAGGAUAUCGCUACCAUCAGUAAGAACAGUGCCCGCUGCGUUGCCUCCAGCAAGUAACCAUUGAAGGUCAAAGCAAUUACGAAUAGUGGAAACCUGAGCAAAUCCAUUUGCUUCCUCCGAACAGGACUCCCUGCCUCGCGUUGUGCUAAGGAAGAGCAAGCAGUCCAUGGUGGGCUCUAUCAAAAAAGCACAUCUCGUGCAGCAGCAAUUUAGCAAGGCACAUGGUAUCCUCCCACGUUUCAUUGUCCCCAUUCCCCGUGCUGUGCUAGGAACAUCAUGAUCACCCCAGUUACUCAAUAGCCAUAAAUAGAAUGGUUUUUUUUUUAAAGAAUUUUUCAAGGGAGAAGUAAAGUUACUCUCUUUCUCUUAAUUUAACUCUUUUUAAAAUCAGGAACUGUCACUGCAAAAUGUACAAUCCGUAUUUUACAAUCAGUAUACUUAAUAAAAUAUUUCUUCCUAUUAUUACAAACACAAUCUCUUUUAGAUUAGGAGGUUGAAGAAUGGCAGGGAGGGGAGCCAACACAAAAGAAUAUUUUAGCUUUAGGGUCCUGUCUGCUUGUGAUAUUGACUGGUCUCCAGUUCCUGAGAACAUAUUUACAUAAUUAUGUUUCUUAAUAUAAAAAUCUGUAUUUAGUGGACAAGAAGUAUUUUUAUGAUGGGGAAGGGGGCCGUGCUUGUGUACAGUCUUUACACAUUGAACAACCGAUUCAGAAAGUCUAGGGGUGGGAGAAUAAAUAUAGUUUUUAGAGUGGCAAUAAUUGAAAACAAAGGAGGGCACAUUUUGACUUAGAUGUAUUAAACAAGAAGAAAAUAGCAGUGUUUAUAACUAUAUUUUGUAAUGAUAAAGCAGGCCUUGAAGAGAGUAUGGGAUUUUCAGAAAGUGAAAAAUUCGAGAGGUCUUGGAAGUAGAGAAAAGUAGAAAGAGAAGAGAAGAAAGAAGGAGAGGGAAAGAGGUUGUUUUUGCUGUUCAACCAGUGUUUUUCAGGAUGAUAUAUGGAAACAAAUAAAAAUAGAACUUUGAAGGAUUGGAAUCAGCCACAAAUACUAAAAAGUGUGGUGUGUGUGUGUGUGUGUGUGUGUGUAAAAUGUAGCAUGUGCACUUGUGUGCUGGUGUGCGUGUUGAAAUUCCAGAAUGAUCUUGGGUUAGGACUGUAAAAUUAUUUUUUCCAGAGCUCUUUGCUAGCUCCUGGAGUGAUUGAGAAUUUCUUUUUUAUGAAAAGGGAUAUAAAGGCACUGAGUCGAGGCAGUAUUUGUAAUAUUAAAUUGACCCAACACGAUGUUUGCAUGAGGCCCAGUCGCAAUGUUUUGAGGCAGUUUUGUAAAUUGAUAUUUAGAAAAAGGAUUGUGGUAUUUAUUCUUGUGCGUUGUAUUCAUAGGUAGACUAGAGGGUGCUGGUUUUACACUUUAUUUCUUUAAAGCAAUAUAAUGAUUAUAUUCUACGAUCGGGUGCCAUAAUAUCUGGAUGAGAAUUUUUUUUUAAUCUGACAACGAGGAAACAGUAACCUGCUUCCUUUUCUUCAUAACUAGUACUUUUAUUUUUUUAAGGCAAUAAUUAAAUUUAUUCUCACUAAAAUUCACUUCUACUUUGCUCCUGGUAUACCACAUGAUAUGAUAUGUGUUGCUCUAACACAGACCUGCACAACUUGUAAACUCCUUUGGGUGGCAGAUGUGUUAGACUGUAGACAGAAUGAGGAUGGUUGGUUGCCAUGGCCCAUGUGACAACCAGGAGUGCGUAGUGGCAACCCUACAUGGGAGGGGGGGGGGCUGCCCAAAAUCCUUUGGUGGGCCACAUGUUGUGCGAUGUUCCUCUAACAGGAAGCAAUUUCCACUUAAAGUAUAUGGUAAAUUCCACAAUACAUCAUUCUUGGGGUUUUUUUUAGUAGAUAAUAUAAGCAUUGACUUGGGGGGGAUGGGGCUGGGGAAUGUAAGCAAAAGUGGUAUUAGCAAAGGGCUGCCAAAGAGCUGUCUGUCUGAAGCUGGUUUUUAGAAAUGUGAACCAAAAAUUGCACCUGCUGUUAACCUGAUGUAUCUGGACCUGUGAAUUGUGUUUUGUUUUCUAUAAAGUAAUAAAGUAAAAUCUCUUUGAGUCCUACAUUGUCCAUAGAAAUCAACAAACAAUUCCAAGGCGUAGCAGUUAGGCACCUAUUGGAUAUUUUAAAGAACGGCUUGGGCUUGACAUGAAUUUUUUUUUUACAAAGAACUUAGGCGCACACUAAGACUGCUUUUGAGAAAAUGUACAGGUUCAAGGGUGACUUCCAAACAGAUUUAAUGCGCCUGGGUUUGCAUUAACAGACUGAAACCCUUUAGCAGAAGACACUUCUUGUUCUGAGGGCCACAAAGAAUUUUACAGCUAAAAGGAAACUUGGAGGUCAUGCAGGGUAAUGCUUUCCUUUGAUGGAUUAAAAAACGGGGGCUAGAAUGGCUUGUCCAGAGUCACACGAAAUGGUUCACGAUUUGAAUUUCAAGUUCCUGGUUCCAUUUAUUCUGCUCUAAGAUGCUGCCUUUCUGACUAUUUGUUCUCAUUCUUCACCCAAAAAAAUCUUUUCUGGGAGGACUGAAAAUUAGAAUUCCCUUAGAACCUCUGGGUUUUCCAGAGUGCUUAUUCAUUUUGCAAGCAAGCAUUCGUGAGCACCUGUUGUGCACAUAACGCCAGACUGGGCUCCAUCAGUAGGAAUCCCAGAGGGCAUUUGGUCACUGGGAAGAUAAAGAGUUUUGUUUUUUGUUUUUUUUUUUAAUGAAAAGAGUAAGUCCUGCUUGCUUUCCCUUCCCCACCCUAAACUCUGUCCUCUCCCUAAAUACCCACAGAAGAAUACUCAAGUAGAUACAAUUUGUAUUGUCUGUGAAAUCAAGGCUGUCUUUCCCUCUCUCUCUAAGCACACAGUGCAAAGAACACUGACUGGAACCUAGGACCUGAGUUUAAAUCCUGCCUUUGGUGUUUAUGACUUGUGUGACCCUAAACAAGUCACUUAAAUACCCAAUCCUCCAGUGACCCAUCAGCGUAGUUGCUGAUGUGACAGGUUGAGUCUUGCCUCCUCACCCUUGUUUUUCCAUCCAGAAAUCACAGAAGCAGAAGCAGGGUUCUGUCCACAGCAGGAGGCAUAGGCUGCGUGCCCCUUGGAUCAAGCUAUGCAGAUUAUUCGCCUUGUCAGUAUCACUUGCAUGUUAUCACAUAGAUGUCCAUAAAUAUAUAUAUGUAGCAUAUAUAUAUAGUAUGUAUGUAUAUACAUACAUGCAUAUAUGUGUCCAUAUGAACACACACAUAUAUAUGAAAUUCAAAGAAGGAAUACUAUUAGAGUUUAUGAUCUCCAUGGAAAAAUAAAACCUUUCUCCAGCUCAAGGAUGGAUGUAAUGAAAUUGCAUUGGGGGAAAAAAUAGCUUUAGCAUUAGAGUUAGUGAACAUAUCCAGUUUUGGUUGUAACACUAGUUUCCUGAGCUGUUACUCAUUGAGUUGCCAAACUUUGAUUUUUUGUCUUGCUCUCGAUUCAUAUUACAUUAAAAAGAAAAGAAAAAAAACUUUAAAAAGCCAUGAGCGGUUGGUUAUGACCUGUCAAUCAUACUGUAUGCCUGGCUCUCUGUGUAUGUUAACCUCUUAAAUGUCAUUAUGCCGCUUCUGUUUUAUAGUGACUGUGAGAUAUACAAUGCAAGUAUAUAAUUAUUUUCUCAUUAAAACCAAAGCCCGUGUUGUGUUUCUAUAAAUGACUACUGUUUAAAUCUUAAUCACUUGGCGUGGAGAGGAAGGAUCCAGUGGAAAAAACAAAACCUAAAUGAAGGCUAUUUGGGAACUACAGGUUUUGAAGAUGAGAUACCUUUUCUCACGUCACCCAUAAAAUGUCCAACUGAGGAGCUCAGUAUAUCCUAAGUAUGAGAUCAUCAGGAAUAGAGCAUGGUUCUCAGAAUAAAUAAUUUUCCAUGCCCUCUACUAGUUUGGGGAAAGCCUGGGCUAUAGCCAUCUACCUCUUUUGUUUGGGUGUUACCUUUUGUUUUUAUCCCAUAAUAAUUGCCUGAUUCAUUCCAUCCUUACUUCUCACCCUCCCUCCUUCCCAGCACCAAAGUCUCUCCUGAAAUGAAGGAAAGGUCAAGAAAAACAGCCAAUGCAGAGAAAAUGCUAGAGAGACCAUUCCGCGUUAUGUAAGGAGGGGAGGGGACAGGGAAGUGUUUCGUCACUUGUUUUCCACAGGCAUCCUCUUUAGAAAAUACCCUAAAUGUGGGAUGCCCACCUUGUUCACCUGAAUUAAAAUCAAUCAGCAUUCAUUAAGAGCCUCCUGGCACUUGAGGAAAAGAAGACCAAAAUUAGGCCAAUUCAAAGAGGACAGUUUGUGUAUACAAAACAAAAUGUGAUAGUGUAACUAGCGCAUUGGAGUUGUUUAAUUGCUAAAUGAUAUGAGAACAAUAAGUUUCCUGAAUUAAGUCAGUUGGCGUUUAUUAUGUGCUGCAAACUUAGCUAGCUUUUAUACUGAAGACUGUAGUAGCUCAUUGUGAAGUCAUGAUUUUAUUUCUAAAUAGCUGAGCACCCAUUAAUAAAACUGUUAACUGAAAUGGA